UUGGUCUAUUUAAGAGAAACCAUUCCAUUUGCAUUCUGCUUCAAACACCAACUUGUUCGUCCUCCUUUCCAAAACGUAGUUUUCCUCAUAUAUAUGGCUGCUCACUCUACGCCGUGGGUUUCCACCAUGUUCGUCCUGCUUCUCCUUCUAGUGGCUACCGAGAUGGGGCCCACAAUGGUGGCAGAAGCAAGGAAUUGUGAGUCUCAGAGCCAUCGCUUCAAGGGAACAUGUGUGAGUGACACUAACUGUGCUUCUGUUUGCCAAACUGAACACUUCACUGGAGGACAUUGUCGUGGCUUCCGUCGCAGAUGCUUUUGCACCAAAAAAUGUUCAUAAAAGGAGUGCUCUCAAAGAGAUCUGAAUGAAGAUGAUGGACUUAUCACCUUCCUACUCAGUUUAUAUUUGAGAAUAAUGUAACCCAUUUUAUUAUGGGUUUCUUUGCUUGCCUUCGUCGCGUGUAUUUUGUCUCGUCAUCAGAUCUUUUGAUCGUGUGGAUGAAGAAAAUAAAGGAAUAAUAUGUCUGUCUUUCUUUAA